UUAAGUCGACUGUCGUGUGAGAGUGACGUAACUUGCAGUAGACACGUUUGUGGCACAUGAGGAUAGCAACAUUCACUUUCUUCUUCAUAAGCAGGUAAAAUGGCAAAGAACAAACAAAAAGGGAAAAAACAGAAGAAUGUCUUUCAAGUGGCCAACAAGAACCUGAAGCACAAAAACAAAGCAAAACCUGUCACAACAACACUCAAACACAUCAAUGCAGUUAAAAAUGACAAGGUGGAGAAUCUCAAUCAAAUCUUCUCAGAAGUCCAGAGGGAUGUUUCCAGAUCUGUUGCUCCUAAACCAAAGAAACAAACACAGGUUGUCAAGGAGCCACCGAAGGAAUCAGUAAAUGUUGACACUGCUGCUCAGCUGUUCUCUCAGCUAUGAUGGACUCACUAAGAAAUAAGGACUGUUAAAUAAAGACGCAGUGGGAACCACUUGAUGAUCAACUUCAUGUCCAAAAAGCAGACUCCAGAUGAAGGCUGCAAUUAUGGAUUUAUUUUCAAAAAAAAUAUAUAUUCUGCAUUUUCUGUGCAAAGAAACAUUGUCACUUGACAACAGUUUGUUGUGUCAUUUUUUGUGAUUUUGUUUUACUGAAGUUUCAGAAAAUAUUGAAGAAAAAACUGACAAACUGACUGAAAAGUGACUGUUGUAUCUGUCUAAGAUGUGUGAUUUAUGCUUGUUGCUUUUAAAGUUAUACCUAGAAUUGGCCCUUUAAUGUCCUUAAAGACACCUCAGACCAGAGUUGGUGAUGAAUUCUAGGAGAUUUUGCUGAUGCUGUGUCCUUUAGUACGAUUUUGUGCUUAUUCAACAAUCUGUUCUGGUACAGUACUGAACAAUAGUAUCAUCACAGGCAAACAUAAAAAAGCUAAUCUAUCCAUCUAGCUUUGGAAUUUCUUAUUUUUAAUAUAGGUUGGAGUUUAAAUAAAGAGAUGUCACUGAUGAAA